GAGGCUCGUUUGAGGCUGAGAGGAGGGCCAAAUGGCCCUGAUGACCCGUGGUGAGGGCCAGCAGCAUGAGGGGCGCCUCCCAGUGAUGUAAGGUGCGCGUGCGCCCCGCCACCCCCAGCUACAACGUGUGUAAACAAAAGGCAAGAAGUGUCACCUCCUUCCCACUAGACCCCGUCUUUUCUGCUGUUUCUUGCCCUGCCCCAGUCCACGCUACGGUCAUGCAUGCCAUUGAAGGUUCGGGUAAUGUCCCGGCCUUCCUGACCAAGCUAUGGAGGCUGGUAGAUGACGCCAAGACCAAUGAUUUGAUCAGUUGGACACAGAAUGGCCGGAGCUUUAUCAUCCAAAACCAAGCAAAAUUUGCAAGAGAGUUGCUUCCACAGUAUUAUAAGCAUAACAAUAUGGCAAGUUUUGUUAGACAACUUAAUAUGUAUGGCUUCCACAAAGUGGUGUCUGCUGAUUCUGGAGGAUUACGGGUAGAGAGAGACGAAAUGGAAUUUGCCCAUCAACAUUUUCUUCGUGGCCAGGAAUCCCUAAUAGAGAACAUUAAGAGGAAGCAACAGCGUAGACUUGCAAGCGAUGGCGUCGAUUUUUCCCAGAUACCUACGAGCCGUACUGUGAUAAUAGAAGAGAACAAGAGUGUUAAGAAGCUGUUGAACGAUGUACGGGAUAUGAAGCGCGACCAGGACACAGUGAGCGCCAAACUGUUAACCCUGAAACGUGAAAAUGAGGCGCUCUGGAGAGAAUAUGCUAACAUGAGGCAGAAGUUCUCUAAGCAGCAACAGAUAAUUGAGAAGUUAAUCCACUUCUUACUUGCUAUGGUCAAGAGUCCUUCCAAAACUAUGAUUCCAAAAAGAAAAUUUGGUCACCUGGCUUUGGAAGGGGGUGAAGAAUCGUCCUCGUCAUCUACCAAGCUGAACUCCCUUUCACAGUUUACUCAAGGAAGUCCCAUUGAUGUGAGUUUUUCUCAGAUUGUUGGAGAAUGUGAAGGUGGAACAGUGGGUGGUGCCCAGAUCCAAGAGGUUACAGAUCUGGUAGAUGGUGAGGAUCCACAGAGCUUCACUAAUGUAUUCUUGAAUGAUGAGAACAGUUCAGAAAAUGACACAGUGUUUCCUGAAGCAGACACAAAUGCUGGCAUUCAAGUAUCAGAAUUCAUUAAAGAUAGACUGGAACCAGAGACAAUUCUCACAGUCAAUGGUGAGCCUUUUAAUUUCAUUGAAACCAGCCAGGACCCUCUUGGCACAGCAGCAGUUACCAAGUCUACUACUGCAACGAGUGUGACAAGUCCUGGUGGAACAAAUAUGGCUCAAAAUUUUGAACACCCAAAUUCUAGUCCAUUACUGGAUGAAGCACCUCUCAGUCCUGAACUUUUAAACACUGUGGAUCCAAGUGCUGUGACUCAGUCAUAUGUGUAUGCUCCCAGUGUUACUCCUGUUGUGAACUCCAGCACCAGUAGUGGAGUGAAGACUACCAAAGGACCCAGCACUUCUACUUCAGUGAGCUCCCAAGUGAAUACAGUUGCCCAGAAGGGUAAGAUGAAAUCGAUUAAAUCUGAAAAGGGCACUACUCAGGCUCCCACCAUGAGCGUUGCAGUCCCAGACAAGGGUAUACAAAACAGACAGGAUCUCCAGACUCACAUGGAUGAUAUGCAAAACACUAUUGAUAGUCUGCAAGAUUUUCUCAGCACAGGAAACUUUAAUGUUGAUCCAUCCAUGCUUCUCACGAUGUUUGGGCCUGAUGACUACAUGCCAGAAUUGGACUCCAUGACUUCUGUUACUAGUGGCAAUGAAUUAUCAGUGUAUAAUCCAAGCCUGCUAGACCUAGCAGGAGACAUGGAAGACGACGAUCCAAUGUCCUUCCUCAACAGCGGUCUGACUUCUACUUCUGCUGCAUCUACUGUGGUAUCCUCUUCUACAUCAACCUCUUCCAGCACAUUGCCCUCAAACACCUCUGUGGGGCCCACACCACCCAAACAGCUUAGACUUAGCAUAAAAAAAGAGCAUAACGAUGAUGGCUCAUUGGACACGCCCACGGUUUUAUCUCCUGUUAGUGCCCCUGUAUACAGGGGUAAGAGGCGUACUAAUUAAAAAAUUAUCAUUAUGUAUUUGUUAUGUGAAGCAUAUCUGUGUUUGCCAUUGAAUUGUUAAGCAAACAAGGACAUUGGAUGCGAGUUUGCGAAAACCCCUUCUUGUGACAGUGAUAUUAACUUUGCAUCAUUCUGUAUGCAAGUAGCCUUAACAUGUUUUUUUUUAUAUACGUAUAUAUAUACUGUAUAUAUAUAUAUAUAUA